AUGGAAGAUGCACCAACGGCACCGGUCAGCUUCACACCGCCGCCAGGUCCAAACCUGUCGGGGCCUCCGCCUCCACCGCCGCCACCGCUGCCGACGGCUCCACCGCCUCCGAUGGCUCCCGCACUGCCGUCGGCACCUCAGCAGUCGGAGCCGGCGCCGUGCCUGGUGCAGUCGUGGCCCCAACCGGGCACCAAAAUGCGCACUCUCAAUUGGAACAAGAUACCCGCGCACAAGGUGCUCGCCGGCGGCCGCAAGAGCCUGUGGCGGCGCAUCGCCGAGAGCCACACCGGAGGGGAAUCCCCGCUCGACUUCGCGCACCUCGAGGGUCUGUUCUGUCAGCACCAGCCAUCGCAGCCCGCGACCUCGGCACACCACGCCACAGGCUCUGCAGGAGCCGGUUCCAACUCCGGAUGGACAGGAGGCGGCGGAGGUACGGGCAGCGGCAGCGAAGGCCGUGGACCACGUGAUCCUGCAUCCGGUCGUUCGGGAGACGAGGCACCGCUCAGGAUACUCGACGCGCAGAGGAGCCUGCAGGUGGGCAUCUUCCUGAAACAACUGCGCGGCCAGGCGGACGAGGCUCAGCUUCUCGACGUGUUGCGCCGCGGAGGGAGCGGCGGAGGCAGCCUGGGCGCCGACAAGCUGCGUGCGCUGCAGGCGCUGCUCCCGGCGCCGGAGUCGCCGACCGCGCUCGAGAGGGCGCUGCUCGAGCGGGAACCGGGACAGCUGGCGCCACCUGAGGCAUUCCUCGCAAGGAUACUGCGACUCCCGGACUAUCGACUGCGUGUGGAGAGCCUGCUCCUUCAAGAAGAACUCCCCACUAUCGUCGCCUCCCUCGAGACCUCCAUGACCUGCCUCAGAAACGCUGCCAAAGAAAUACAAGACUGCAAAGCCCUGCAUGAAGUCCUCUACAUGAUUCUGGUGGCGGGAAACUUCCUCAAUUCGGGAGGCUACGCCGGUAACGCGGCCGGCUUCCAGGUUAUGUCGCUGCUCAAGGUCGCCGAACUGCGCUCCAACCGGCCAGGAGUGGGCCUGCUUCACUACGUGGCACAGGAGGCCGAGCGCGCUCAAGUCCUGGGCAGCGGCCAGCUGGGCUACGACUCGGCGCUUCCCUCGCUGGAGGCGGCGAGUCGCGUGUCGGGAGACCAGGUGCGAGCCGACGUUUCGGCUCUCGCCGAGCGCCUGGCACGCCUUCAGGCGGACGCGUCGAGGGCGGCCGGCCGCCCUUCUGGCGACGACGCCUUCCUUGCACGCACGAGGGCGCUGCUCGAGCUCGUCCAGCGGGAGCUGGAGCGUCUGCGACGGAGCCUGCGCACCCUGGACCAGGCUCGAAACGACCUGGCCGCCUUCUUCUGCGAGGAUCCAGCGAGCUUCCAGUUGGAAGAAUGCUGCGGCGUGAUCGCAACCUUCUGGAGAAGCUUCAGGGCUGCCGACCAGGGCUCUAUAGACGUCUCAACAUAG